AUGUCUGACAUUUACGUGGUUGUUCAUCUCGAAACCACGUGGGAUGCCUCUCCCCAUCAGCAUCAACAGCAGCGCCAUUCACCCUCUGAGCUUCGCAGCCUCCUGUGGUGUAUUGUGGACGCUGAUCUGUUGGAGCAGCUGAAGCCGGAGUGUCUCCAUGUGGGUGUAGAUGGUGACAAUACAGCUUUACCAUUCAAAGAUGCUAUCGCAGCAUUUGAUAAAAGUGUUUCGGAGGCCGUUCGGCUGAAAGACUUUUCAUUCAUCACUACAGACAUGCAUAAUUUGAGAGUUUCCUUGCCCCGAGAGGCUAGAGACAGACAAGUGGUGCUACCCGUGUAUUUGCAACACCCUCGCGUCUUUGAUUUGUUUAAUGAAUACCUGAAAUGGCAGCUGACUCACCCAGAGGCUUUGAGCUAUCCCUCGUCAUAUCUCAGUAAUUUGGUCACGGCGUUGGCGGUUGACGUGCCAGAAAACUGGGCCUCAGAUGACUCUGAUGUACCUUUGGUUGAUAUCCAUGCUCGCGUGUUAGCCCAGCUAGCCCGGAAAUCUUUACCGGUCGACGAGCAUCCCACUGUGCUUACGAAGCCCUACGAUACUGCUCAUGAUGCUAAAGUUUUCUUGGCUGAACGUUCAAAGAUCUUGUACUUAUCUAACUUGCCAUCUGAUACGACGCAGUCAGAAUUGGAACUGUGGUUUACACAGUAUGGCGGGAGACCUAUCGCGUUCUGGACACUUAAGAAUGCUGAGGGCGAAGGCAAAUCGCAAAGCAAGUCUAAAGGCAUCUGUGGCUUCGCAGUGUUUGCCAAGCAUGAAGAGGCAGCACAGUCCUUGUUCAUGAACGGUCGCGUUCUCAACGACAGAGUUGUUGAGGUUCAAGCAUCCUCAACCCGAGUUCUUGACAAAGCAGCUGAUUUAUUGACCCCAUUCCCUCUGUCGAAGAAUCGUCCUCGUCCCGGUGACUGGACCUGUCCAUCCUGCGGCUUCUCCAACUUCCAAAGAAGGAUCGCAUGUUUCCGCUGUCUGUUCCCUGCGACUAGUGCAGUUGCCAUUCAGGAGCAAAUGUAUCCUGGAGCGAUUGAUUCGACCAGUAUCCAGGCUCCGCAAAGACGUCUCAAACAUGAUGAUAAAGUCUCACAGCCUGCUUACAAUGCAUAUAACGAUUACUACUCUGGCUCACAGGUGAAAAACAAUAACUAUAAUUACGGAGGAAAUUUUAGUCAUGGCCAUAUGGCUAUGAAUACCGGUGGGGGGACUGGAAAUUCUAACAACGGGGGCCAUCGGAUGCACUACGGUAAUAGUGUUCCGUUCCGUGCUGGUGACUGGAAAUGUACAAAUGAAAACUGCCAGUACCAUAAUUUUGCUAAAAAUCUGUGCUGUUUGAAAUGCGGCCGGGCGAAACCAGCCUCGGCGAACUCUGGUCACAACCACCAUAAUAACCAUCAUAACGGACAUCAUAACAACCAAGGUCAUUCUAACAAUCAGCACCACCAUGGCCAUCAAAAUCACCAUAAUAGCAACAAUCAUGGAACUGGUGCUAGUCAUAAUAACCAUAAUGCUGCUGCUGCCGCUGCUGCCGCUGCUGCUGCAGGGUCCAUUCAUUCCGUCAACACUACUGCCGCUGCAAUCGCGGCCGCUACAGCCAGCGGUCAGCCUUUAAAUCUCAGUAACAGUUUCUUGGGACUUCAGCAACCUCAACCUCAUCUGACAAGGCAAGGGCAAGGAUCUCAUGGUUCUCAAUCAUCUUCUUCUUCACCCAUCCAGAAUGGUGGGCUUUAUUCGAACAUAUCCCAUUUGCAGCAACUCCAGUACCCACAGAAACUGGGACUGCUGAACCAACAUAGCCAAGACCACCUUGGUCAAGGUGCAGCUCACUUGCCACAGCAUUUGGCUUUUUUGCAAGGACAGUCGGCAUCCCCACAUAUUCAGGGCCAGCAACGUCAAAAGUCCAACCUGUCUGGUAGCUCCCCGGGCCUUUAUGUACAAGGUUCGAGUUAUCAAUACAAGGGUCAGCAACACCCAGAUGAUGGCUUACUUAAUGGUUCCGGGAUCAGUUUACUUGGAAAUCAAAUCAAUUCAUUGAAUCUAAACGAUCAAUGA